AUGUCUAUGGGCACCAUCUCUUCCCUGUACGAGGUACAGCACACUCUGCCGUUCUCAACUGGGAUAGCACAAAGACAUGUGUAACUGUAAAAACUCUCCAACACUAGCUGGGUGGAACGUUAUUCAUAUUUUUCAUAAUUUCAUAAUUAAUAAACAUUAUUUUUUAAAUAACUGCCGAAAAGACGGUUUAUCUAUGUCAAACAGUUUUGUUAUAUAUCAGUCUUCACGGAUGUAUAUAAAGUGUAAUAUUGGGAUGCAAACUCAAAAUGUAAUACAUUUCAACUCUAUAUCUGACAUGGUAUAGGUGUUCUUUUUUUUAAGCUCAUAACCAUGUGUGUGAGGUGUAUACUUUUGUUUCAAAGUAGAUUUGUUUAAGACUACCAAGAAUCACUCUGUGUGACCCUGAUUUAGCCCACUACAGUAAAAGGUUAAAUAGGUCUCUCCUGUUCUAUCACUCUCCCAGCAGGCAUAGCUGAUUGAAAAUACAUAAUUCCAACCAGUUUACAACCUUAAGUUGGUUGUUGUAAUGACAUCAUUCCAACCAGUUUUGCCUGCUGGGCUGUGAGUGUGUCCUGCAGAUGGGGAACAUUGUGCUGGUGGUGUUUGUCAGUUACUUUGGGAGCCAGGUCCACCGGCCUCGUUUCAUUGGCCUUCGGGGGCUGCUCAUGUCCUGUGCUGCUGCCACCCUGACCUUACCUCACUUCCUGUCCAAGCCCUACCAUUACCACUCUAUAUCAGCUGGUAAGAACACAAACCCCAAUAUAUUACUCUAUAUAUUACAGUGCAUUUUUGCCAUAAUUCAAAGCAUUACAGUGCAGGAAGUCCAUGAUUUAUACCAGUUUGACUAUGAACACAGGUCUAAUUGUGUUGGUCUGGCUGGCUCAUGAUAGCACCCUCUAGAGAAAAUCUUGAAUAAUUAAAUUCCCAGUUAGAUUUGAACAAUACAGCAAUUUAGUUAUAUUUCAACAAGUUAUCAAGCGAUUAUUUUGUAAAUCCUCAGUUUAUACAGUGGGGAAAAAAGUAUUUAGUCAGCCACCAAUUGUGCAAGUUCUCCACUUAAAAAGAUGAGAGAGGCCUGUAAUUUUCAUCAUAGGUACACGUCAACUAUGACAGACAAAUUGAGAAUUUUUUUUCUCAAUUUGUCUGUCAUAGUUGACGUGUACCUAUGAUGAAAAUUACAGGCCUCUCUCAUCUUUUUAAGUGGGAGAACUUGCCCAAUUGGUGGCUGACUAAAUACUUUUUUCCCCCACUGUAUAUAUUUUAAAUGUUUUUGUACUUCAUGUGUUUGGGAUGGCACAAGCAAUAAUAUCGCUCACUGCAUGUUUCUCAAUGUUACUGAACUGAUUACAGAGAAAUAUAUGCAUGUGUUGUUGUUUUCAGCCGGUGGGUUGUGGGACGUGUGUGUUCUCAGGGAGAACUCCUCUGCCCUUGAGAUGUGCAGACAGGGGGGCAACAGACACCCCUCUGAGGCACGGACACAGUGGCUGACCCUGGCUGCUGCCCAGAUGCUGUUUGGCAUCAGCUCCGUGUACAUCCAGCCCUUUGGCAUCUCCUAUGGGGAUGACUUUGCUGAGCCUGGGAACUCAGCUCUUUACAUU